AUGAGGGGAAGGGAGAUGGGUAGUAAGGACAAACCUUGUGAUAUAUGUGGCGAUGACGGUGUUUUUGAGGCAAUAGUAACUUGUUGCGAGUGUAAAAUUGCUCGUCAACAUCUUUAUUGCAUGAGGAUAUUUAGGACAGAGGUGCCACCGUUUUGGUCUUGCGAAGAAUGUGAUCAAAAUAAGUUGGUUUCACCAAGACCAAGCUUUAAAGAACACUUACCUGAAGCUUCAACACAAAAAGCCCCUAGCUUAAUGCAAACUAUCAGUAGGACCUCAGGAGGUCAGAACAAGAAUGCUUUUGCUAGCCGGUUUAACUUUGUGGAGCAAAGGGUCCAUACAGGGAAAACAAAAUAUAUCAGUUGUGAAGAAGCUGUCAAGCUUUCUUCAUUUGCCAAGCAAUCAGACCCGCCUUCAAAAAAUGCUUUUUGUUCUGCACAUGGAUCAUCAAAACUUAUGCCACCACCACGUGAAAGGACUCUUAUUAAAACACCCCAACAAGAAAGGACUACCAAGUUUGAGCCACAGUUGCAGCAACCUGUUGUUCAAAAAUCAACUAGCCUGAAAGCAGAAAAAGCGAUCCCGUCUCUCCGAAACAGAGGUGAUGCCGCACAGUGUGUCAAGUCUUGUAAAAGAGAAAGAGCAAAUACAGAAAGAGAAAUGAAGACGGCAAAGAGUGAGGUCCUGCCUCCCAGAAAAGAAGUAGCAGAUACCAGAAUGCAUAUUGAGGUGCCCAAAUCUUCUAAAAGAUCCGAAACAGCCAACACAAAAGCAGGUGGUAAGAAUCAUGCCAAUGAGGAGGCAGGGAGUUGUGAUGCUGGAAAACCAAAUCCGACAAGGGGCAUGCCUGUUUCUGAGAUGAGCCGUCCAUAUAUUCCUGCUUUACAUGCUUAUUGGAAAUAUGACAACUCCAACUCUAUAAUGGACUUCCUUUGGAGAAAAAAUUUGCUGAUGAGAAGCUCUGUGGAUGGGGUGGAGUUGUUGGUGCUUCCAUCAACACUCCUACAACCACAUUCUCAAGAGUUUCAAGGGAAUUACUUUCUUUGGGGAGUUUUCCGUAGAAUUCGUCACCCAAGCAUCCUCAAGAAGGCUGUUCAAGAUGGAAAGGUGGGUGAUACACGACCCCUUUUGGAAGCAAAACGUGAACCUUAUGAUGACUGUCCUCCAGGAUUUCAGGAAAUCUGUAGGCGUUGAGGUUAGUCCCUUUGCAUUUAAACAUCAUGUACGUAUGAUACACAAUUGACCGGUUUUUGUUUAGUUAGCUUAGUUGAAGAACAUAUAUGCAUAGUGUCUGUUGCCUUUGAUGCAACUUGAGAUAGGAAAAAGUUAGUGAGGUAAUUGUAGAUGCAGGUGGAACUUGUCAAUUGCAUGUGUUUUAUAUGGGUAUCAUGCAUCCAUUGUUGUGAAUUUUCGAAGCAAUUGAUUGUUGAACAACAUGUUGCUACAAAUGUAGCCUAAACUUAAUCAGUCUUUAAUUUCUUGUUUGGUGUUUUAAGAAGACUCCUUUCACAUGGUGGCUUAAGUUUUGGUUUGAAUGAAUGGCGUUUUGGAGGGUGUUAUGAUCAGAAAGCUUGAUGGCUUCGGCACAACUGAUAUAUUCUGUUUUCCCUGUACGAACCUUUUUUUCCAUGAAGUUAAACCGGUUAACAAAAGCAUUUUUGUCCUGCCUCCAAAGAACCUAGUGGUAGUGUGCAUUAAGCUAU